UUACGGGCCUGGCAGCAGCAUGAGGAGUUGAUACGGGGGCCCAUGGCAGAUUACGGGGCCUGCAGCAGCAUGAGGAGGCGGUACAGGGCCCAUGGCAGAGUGGCGGAGCGUAAGCAGCUAAAAUUGAAGGCCAUACAGAGGCCUAUGUUAAAAAGUCCCCCCAGCAGCAGCGUGGGGAGACGACUAUCAAGAGUCCAAUGGCAGAGUGGCGGAGCAGAAGCAGCUUCAAUUGAAGGCCAUACACAGGCCUAGGUUUAAAACCAAACACAGGCCUCGGUUAAAAAGCGGAAGCCGUCAGCAGCGUGAGCAGACGACAGAGGCACAUGGCGCAGGGUGGCGGUGGAGGCAGCAGCAAUGGAAGGCCAUACACAGGCCUAUCAGCGUGGGGAGACGACUAUCAAGAGUCCAAUGGCAGAGUGGCGGAGCGGAAGCAG